GCUUUUAGGAAAUAUGCUUCUCUUUACCCAUGGAGAAUCUCUUGAGGGGACUUUCCGAUUCCACCAUUGAUGACUAUCCUUCUGCAACUCUAUUUCAAUGCAAUGAGUUUUGGAGUUCACAUUCAUUGCAAAACCUCAAAACCCUAAAGCCUUAGUGAAGUUCCGAAAUUACUUUUGCUCGAGUAUAUAGUCUUUUGUUUCUCACGCAUUGAUGCCUACUCCUCGCGUUCUCUCUGCUCUUCGCUGCUAUCGCCAUCGUUAUCAAGGAUCGUAUUCCCUCUCUGCAGCCCUAGAUAAAUUUGAUUUUGAUGCUUUUCACACUUGCUCAUCUGAAAUCAAGGAAGAAACUAAACCUCAUUUGGAUGCGUAUCAUAGAUUUCAAUGCAAUCCGUGUUCAAACUUCAGUGGAGGUCAGGGGCCUUCAUUCGCAUUGCGCAGUAUAUUCUCGGUUAAUUCUUCGCGAAAUGUGGUAUCGUGUUCGAUUUCCAGAAUGAGUAGUCACCUGUUCCUCAGCCGCGGUUUGAUUACCAGAGCUAAGAAGAUAAAGACAAUAGAAGUGGUGGAUGAUCCUGGCCAGCGAGCAGUCACAACAGCGUUAUGGUGCAAUUUUCUUGUCUUUUCCCUGAAGUUUGGGGUCUGGUUUGUCAGUUCCAGCCAUGUCAUGCUGGCUGAAGUUGUGCAUUCUGUUGCGGAUUUCGCAAAUCAGGCGCUUCUUGCUUAUGGUUUAAGUAGCUCCAGACGUGCACCAGAUGCUAUCCACCCAUACGGCUACUCCAAGGAAAGAUUUGUCUGGUCUUUGAUAUCUGCUGUUGGUAUUUUUUGUCUUGGUUGUGGUGCUACUAUAGUUCAUGGAGUACAAAACUUGUGGACUACUGAGCAACCUACAAAUAUUGGAUAUGCAGCACUGGUGAUUGGUGGCUCAUUCAUUAUAGAGGGUAUUUCUCUCGUUGUGGCUAUUCAAUCUGUCAGAAAAGGAGCUGCUGCUGAAGGAAUGACAGUGAGAGAUUACAUUUGGCGUGGUCAUGAUCCUACAGCUGUAGCUGUCAUGACAGAGGAUGGUGCUGCAGUUACAGGUCUAGCCAUUGCUGCCGCAUCACUGGUUGCUGUAAACGCCACUGGAAAUCCAAUUUACGAUCCCAUUGGUUCCAUUAUAGUGGGCAACCUCCUGGGAAUGGUUGCUAUAUUUCUGAUUCAGAGAAAUCGACAUGCUUUGAUUGGUAGAGCAAUUGAUGACAAUGACAUGGACAGGGUUCUUCAGUUCCUGAAAAAUGAUCCAGUUGUUGAUUCCAUUUAUGAUUGCAAAAGUGAGGUGAUUGGGCCUGGGUUCUUUAGGUUUAAGGCUGAGAUAGACUUCAAUGGCGUAGUGCUGGUUCAAAAUUAUCUAGAGAGAGCUGGACGUGAAGAGUGGGCUAAACAGUUUCGAGAGGCUUCAGAGCAGAAGGAUGAUGCAGCUUUACUGAAAAUGAUGUCAAUAUAUGGUGAGGAAGUUGUCACAGCACUAGGGAGUGAAGUUGAUCGGCUAGAAAAAGAAAUCCAGGAAAUAGUUCCAGGCAUUAGGCAUGUGGACAUUGAAGCCCAUAAUCCAAUUGUGCCAUCCCCAUGAGUAUAUAGCUUAAUAAAAAUAUUGAGCUAUGCGUUGACUUCUUGUUCAAAUUAUAACAAAAUGGGAUACACGAUUGAUGAAUUCUGGGAAUAUCAUUAAGCUUGGAUGCUCCCAAAGAAGCUUUCUCUACACCGACAGCUGCAUAUAACUCGUUUGAAGAAUUUGUCAUUUCAGUGUAGGGGAUAAUGAUCCUCUGCUUGUAUUUUUCUUGUGAGAAUAGAAUACAAGCUUUUAAUCAUUUCCGGCUACAGUUAUACUAGUGCAAAGAAACUCAGUGACAUGAAAGGCGCCUUGGAGAGAUUAGAUAUCCAUUAUUAGCAGUGUAAAGAACGGUUCCUGGUUAUUAUUCUCUACUAUCAAUUGUUAUUAUGUAAUAUAUGAACAUUAGAGACAUCAGACAAGUGAUAAUUCAACAGUGCCGAUUUUUUUU